GCCUGCGCGCGGCGAUUGUAGGGGGGGGGCGGCUCCGCCCCCGCCCCCCGUCACGUGACGAGGAGGCCCCGGUCUCCGUCUUGCCCGUCCUGACCGCCGGCGGCUCGCUCCUGCGCCCGUCCUGUCCGUCCUGUCCGCCCGCUCGCUCCCCCGGCCCGGCCAUCAUGUUUGGCCGCCGCCCUGCCCUCCCCGCCCUCGGGGGCUCCUCGGGGCUGGCCCUGCUCUGCUGCUGCCUCGUCGUGGGUAUUUGCCAGUCCUAUGCAUUGGAGAUCAACUUGACAGACUCGAAAAAUGCCACAUGUCUAUAUUCAAAAUGGCAGAUGACCUUCACAAUAAAUUAUGAAACUACAGGCAAUGAAACUAAAAACGUUACUGUCACUGUUCCUGAGAAUGUGACGUAUGAUGGAAGUUCUUGUGGUGAUAAUCAAACCGUUCCCCAAAUAGCAGUGCAGUUUGGACUGGGAUACUCUUGGCAUCUGAACUUUACCAAAAAGGAGAAUAAUUCUUAUUCUUUUGAUACUAUCGUAUUUACGUACAACACCAGUGAUAAUGAGACAUUUCCUGAGGCUAAAGAAAAAGGGCAGGUUCUUUCUGUCUUUGAGUUUAGGUAUGCACGAAUCCCACUGAACAAGAUCUUUAGAUGCCACAGUGAAGAAUCUCUUAUCGGGGAUAAGGCCACACACCACUAUUGGGAAACCGUGGUGCAGGCUUUUAUUCAGAAUGGCACCAUCAGCAAAGAAGAGUUUAUAUGUAGUAAAGAUAGAGCUUCAACAACAGUAGCACCCGUCACCACCCAAGUUGUACCCAGUACCACCGCAACGCCCGUCCCGCAGGACAAACCCUACCCUGGAAAGUACGCUGUAAAAAAUGGCAACGACACUUGUCUUCUGGCCACCAUGGGACUGCAGCUGAAUGUUACCCAGAAUAAGGUUAAUUCAGUAAUUAAUAUUAACCCUAAUGUGACAGACUUCACUGGCAGCUGUAGUAAUGAGACUGCAGAACUGAGGUUGAGCGGAAGCAAUGUAAAAUACAUUGAUUUCAUCUUUGCAGUGAAAAAUGGAAACCGAUUCUAUCUGAAAGAAGUGAAUGUCAGCAUAAGUUUUGUAAAUGCUUCUGAUCUGAAUGUGGCAAACAACAAUCUCAGCUACUGGGAUGCCCCACUGGGAAGUUCAUAUAUGUGCAACAAAGAGCAAACUCUUGCGUUGGCUGAUUCGCUUCAGAUCAAUACCUUUAAUCUGAGAGUUCAGCCUUUCAGUGUUGUGGCGGGAAAAUAUUCUACAGCUCAGGAGUGUUCUCUGGAUGACGACACCAUUCUAAUCCCAAUUAUAGUUGGUGCCGCUCUUGCCGGCUUGAUUGUCAUUAUAGUGAUUGCUUACAUAAUUGGCAGAAGAAAAAGCUAUGCCGGAUAUCAGACCCUGUAAAACCAAUCUAACGGUGUGAUCCCUGUUCCAGUACAAUGAAGCAAGUGCAAGUUCCAAAAUGGGAUGGCAUCCAGCUAAAAGCACAGUUUAUGUGCAGUCCCGAUCACGGGUGGGGUAUGGGAUGUGGAACUUGACAGAGUCACAGCAAAACUGCCACUGGGUGAUGUGGCCGAAGUUUCCCAAUAAGCAAUUAGCACCAUCAGUGGAAAACUAAAAACCCAAGUGACCCCAAAAGGGCAUUAGCAGUCACCUGGAUUAGUCAUUUUUCUCCUCUUGUAAAUAUUUCAGUGUUUGGAGUUUAAACAGCUCCCUGACUAGAAAUACAAAAUUGAAGAGAAGCAAAACGUUUGGAAAAGAGAUUUUCAUUAAUUUGAAACACAUCUGCAGUAAAAUGGGGCAUGUUUUUCAUUACACUGAUUUUUGUGCUUCCUUCUUUUUUCUGCAUUUCUUAGUAAUUGUCUGAUUGGAGGUCAGUUAGUUGCCUUGGUAAUUCUGUAUAUUAUCUACAUGACACAUUUACCGGUGGAUUUGGACAGUGCCUAGCAAUUUCAUGGUCUUAGCACUGAGUACUUGUCUAAUGCUUUCUGAAUGUGCUUAGAUUUUAAAAGUGGCAAUAGUUACCCAUAUAAUUGCAAGACCUAUAUAAGUAUUCUUUUUUUAAGUUGCUCCUGUCGCUCAUGCCAUAUUUGUCCCAGAGCCUAGAAGCCUCAAAGUUCAAGAUGACAGAAUACUCAACUAAGUAGUUCAGCCCAUUUUCAAAAUACUUUAGAAAUAAUGGCCGAGCACACUCUGUGUUGGUUAUGAGAUCGUUCGUGCAUGUUGUAAAACUGGCUUCCAUCUGCAGUACUUAAGCUAAGGCAAAGUAAUUUUCCUUUAAAGCAUUGCUGUAUUUUUCGCUGGUAACAAUUUGACAAAAGGGAAUGCUAAUUGUAUUAUUCCAGAACCUAAAUGAAGAAGUGCACUUAACUUUAAUUUACCUACACACAUACAUACAUACAUUCUUGCACAGGACCAGGAAGUCUCUAUCUUCUCUGAGUGCUGUCCCAUUAUGAAAGAUGUUCUUGUUUGUUUAAAGCCAGUGACAACUGCUGCAGCAAUUUACUAUUUUAUCCUUCCCACUCAAAUGGUUCUGUGCUAAUCAAAACACGCAUUGUAACUUUCCAUUUUGGUGGGAUCCCUAUCAGUUGAUUCACACACUGUGUGCCCUGUGGAGAGGCGUACCAAUUGUCCAUUCAUAUGCAGCAUCUAAUGUUCAUGAAGAAUGGCAAAGCAAAACACUUGCCUAACAGUUAACUCUUUGUGUGCUUCUUGCUGAUUAAAGUAGGUCAUCCGUUUUUUCUUUUUUUAAUGGGAGGCAUAACAUUAAAAUCCAGUAAGACUCUUCAUUAAACCAUCUAUUGAUUAUUUUCUCUUUCCCCUUAAUUGUAAAUAGGGUUAGGCUAUUUCUGAUGGAUCUUCAGAUGUUACCAGUAAAGGGUACAGUGUUACUGCCAAGUGAAGACACUUUAUAUUGGCACAAGAGAGCCAUAUUUAACUUAAUGUCUUAGACCAGGCUGAUUGAAACGUUGAUUUUCCCCAAUUUAAGUAUCCUUGUGACUAGAAAAGAGUUCCUGCUACUACACUGGUUCAAAAUAAACUUGGCAAGUGGAGUUUUUUGGCGAUGUAGAGAGUUGCACUAUAUUGUUUGAACACUAUUUAAACAAAACACACUUUAUAUCAGAGUAAACAGGCUAUUUUGUGCAGUGCUGUUGGCCAGUAAAUUGGAUUUUAUGUGCAAUUAUUCCCCUGAUUAAAAAUGAAUAAUAAAAGUCUGAACCCUACAUCCUAACUCCUGAGUCAAAAUGGAUUGGUUUUAAAAUUAAAUUGGAAGCACAAGAAAUGAGGUCCUAGCCUAACCGUGAUAACUCGUAUAAAAAUGAACCAUUUCUUUCUCUAGGUAAUGUACCUGGCUUGUUUCAAAAUACCUCUAGUUACCACAGCUUUAGUAGGUCUGAUUUACAACUCCAGUGACUGUUAUCAUCUUUUACAUGGACCAGUUUAUAAAUAGCUACAUAAACAGUUAUUUCUUCCAGCUACGUGUCCUUUUGCACCUUUUGUGUAACUGCAUUUUUGCCUCUGGGUUUAAGUCAGUAAUUAUGUGUAAUACCUCGUGGUACCAUACCAUUAGCCUCUUGGUGUCUUUCAAAUUUCGAUUUUGAGUGCAAGAGAACUGGUCCCUGUAAAUACUAAGUUCCAUGUGUUUUUACUUCAAGUUGUUUAAACCACUAGUCUCUGUAUUGUAUUUCUCUAGGGAUUUGCCUGUCAAUUUGCUCAACUUAUUGCUUUAAAAAUAAAGAUUCUUUUAUUUCUUAAGGAAA